AGAAUACAAUGGCUCACUUCUCUUCAGUUGCAAUGAUUUUUCUUCUAUGUGUUGCAUCAUCAUCUUAUGCAGUAAAAACUGUGGAUGUGAAUACAAUUUGUAAGGGAGUAAAAAACACUUCAUUUUGUGUAACUCUUCUCAAUUCAAAACCAGGCACAAGUCGAGAUCUCCUUAGCCUCGCAAACUACACCAUUGACGUAACAUUAGCCAACACAACCAACACCAUAAAACUUCUCCAGAGUCUAAUCUCAAAGAGUGGUGGCGAUGCUGAAGCAAAAUAUCAUUACAAUGGAUGUUUAAGUCAUUUUAAAGCUAUUGCCGGCAUGCUUGGGGCUGCUCGAUACCAUAUGAAAUCGGGAGAAUAUGAUACUGUGCUUGAAGAAGCAGUGGCUGUUAGAAUUCAUGUUGAUAAUUGUAUUUCAGGAGAUUCACCUGGUGAUCCUCAUUAUCCUUAUCAUGAUAAAUCAAUGCUUCCAAAAUAUGCUAAUAUGGUCGAUCAAGUUGCUCAGGUUUUUGCUGCUGUAAUGGAUUUUCUCAAUCCUGCUAUUUAGUUUGUAUUUCUUCGAUAAUGUAUUACAAUGAAUA